AGCUUCCUCCAGCUGAUAAUGGAUAUCACCGAAAGUGUUAUCAAAACUAUACCCAUGCAAAAGCUUUAAAGAAAUUAAGUUUAGAAGCGUGUAUCCCCCAGCCGACGACGGAGCAAGAGGCAAAAGUCCGAGUAUCAUCAAGGAAGAAAAGUCGUGGAGGUAUGAAACGAGAAAUACUUCAUAAUUAUUUUUCCAAGAAUUGCAUUGAUAUAAUUAAUGCAUUAAGUAUUGUUUAAUAAACGAGCAGGAGUGUUUUAUUAGGUUUAAAGCCACGAGCGUGCAGCGUGAGUGGCUUUAGACCUAAUAAAACACGACCUGCGAGUUUAUUAAACGGCUUCAAACAUGACUACAAAUUCAAUAGAUAUACUGCCUUAUUAGUAUUCUUUAUAUAAAAAAUACUAAUGAGGACACGACUACUAUAGAUACUGCCUUAUUAGUAUUCUUUAUAUAAAGAAUACUAAUUAGGAGUGUUUUAUCAGGUUUAAAGCCACUGCACGUGACAUAUUAUGGUUGACAUGAUUUGCCAAUAAGCUUAUGAAUUAUUAAUGAGUGUUUGAAGGGUAUAUAAACAUAAAGUAAUCUGCCCAUGUCAGUAAAGUAUAUAUUUGUUGUAUACGUAGCACCUAUAUAGCAUAAAGAGAGCAUUAAUUGUUAGUAGCUGUUAAUAGGACGGGUUGGAAAAAAUGGUGAAAUAAGAAGAAACAUGGAGAGAUUAAGAUUUCUAUUCCCGAAAAACCAUUAAUCUUUCCAAUGUCAUCGAGUUUAAGAAUUUUCGAGAAUAAAAAUUAUCCCAGCACUCGUGUCAAAUCUUUGCACUAGCUUGGCUUUAUUAUUCAUAAUUUAUUGUCAAUAGUUGAAGAGAUUAUACAUUUCUGCUUACGCUAUAUAGAGAAAAUAUUAGCGGAUCAGGAGUGCUGUAUAUGUGAGAAAAGGAAAACGGCAAAGUGUGGGAGUGGAUAUGAAGCACUUGAGAAAUGCGAAACUGAGAACGGGGCUCGAACAUUGCAACAAGCUGCUGCACUUCACGAAUACUCACUUUUGCAAGCAAAAGUUCUUGGUAGUGACUGGCAGACGAUACUUGCAACGGAAUAUUUUUACAACGUGCUUAUUGAAAUGUAACAACGUGUUUAUUGAAAUCCAUCCUAACUAAAAAGCCCUCAAAAUCUGCAAAAGUAUCACGUUUGAUUUCCUCAAUUGGUCAAGAUCUCAUUUAUUAUGCUAACAAUGGUCAAAAGAAAACAUCGAAACACGCGACUUUCUCCUUCUCGAUUAAAAGAAAGACCGGUUCGAAGGCUGUCAUCAAUUGGAUGAACAAGUUUGGUCACAGAGUCUUGUAUGACGAUGUUCUAAUACUGGAGACGCAUUUGGCGUUAGAAUAUUCGAAGGAUCAAGUUCAUCGAUCAAGUUCAUCGAUCAUUUACUCCAGCUAUUAUUCAACCAUCUCGCUUUGUCACCUUCGUAUGGGAUAACAAUGAUAUUAACCCUGAGAGUCUAAAAGGACUUAGUUUGCAUUGCACCAACAGUAUUGUUAUACAGUCCUCAAUAGUAGCAUUAAAUCAACCCGAGCCUUUCUCUACCAUUGUCUCAGCAGUGAGCACUGGAAAGAAUAAAACAAAAAAAUUCAAUGCCACUUGAAAUGCCAAUCCUAUGUUCAGAUAAAGAGAAAAAAUACAGAAAGCACAACCGAAGUUCAACUUCAUAUGUACCAAGAGGAAGUACAACAUUUCCAUGUGGUAGAUACAAUGUGGAUCAUCGCCAAAAGCCAAGCAAGAAAGAGGAACAUUGAACAGAAUAUUCAGAACUGGACGGGCUUCAAUUAUUUUGCUGUGCGAAGGUGAUAGCGAUGAUUAUGACAAAAUUGGGUACCUCCCAUCCAUUAGCAAAUCUCCAACUUCCCACGACACUGUAUUGGAGCUUCUGAGCCAAUCCAAACUUAAAGCGGAGAAACUUGGCUUAAAUGAAACAGAUGUCAUACUUGAUAUGGCGAUCUACUCUAAAGCCGUUGAAAUCAUGAUGAACCCAAGGUACAUUGAUCUAAAAAAGUUCAUUGUUUUGCACCUUGGCGGUUUCCAUACUAUGUGUAUCUUCAUAGCUGUGAUCGGGAAGCGAUUUGGCGAUGCUGGCCUUCGUGAUAUUGUGAUUGAAUCGAAUCUGCUCGGAGAAUCUUCAGUAGAGCAAAUGUUAAAGGGAAAGCAUUAUAACAAUGCCAUGAGAAUCCCAAAGUACCUAUACAAUGCCAUCAAGAGACACCUCAUCGAUAGCUACGAGCAAAGUGAGAGCGACCAACCAGACCUGCUAAGUGCAGUUAGUUACGAAGAGCUAAUCGACUCGGAAGAGCUCCAAAAAUUUGUUUCUUCUCCAACUCAGCAGUCCCUUGAUUCGUUAAGCAAAGAUCACAAAGAAAUGAUUGACGAAAUACACAAGUAUGAGGCAUCCUUGUUGAAUGGCGCCCUCGGUCCAACAGCAUCUGUUUGGUCUUCGUUUUUGCAGAUGGUCCAGAUAUUGCUCGAUUUUGCACGAUCCGUCAAGCUUGGAGAUUGGAAAUUACAUCUUCAGUCAACAGAAUACAUGUUACCUUGGAUGUUUGGAUACGAUCGUCUCAACUAUACACGUUUCCUUACGUAUUACUUGGUCACCAUGAAGAAAUUGCCCGAAACUCAUCCGGCUUUGCAUCAACAAUUCGAAUCUGGCCAUUUUUCAGUGAGAAGACAGCAUGGUAGAUUCAACAAGAUACCAUCAGAUCAAGCCAUCGAGCAGACUAUCAAUCGAGAGCAAAAGUGUGCUGGUGGAAUUAUUGGUUACAGCACUGACAAAGGAACUGUACAAAGAUGGUCUCUUACAAGUCAUAUCGCAGCAAAGUGCCAGUCCAAGUUAGAAGAGUUUCUUGGAAUGUCAGAAGCAAAUAGUGUGACAAAAGACUUGGCACGGAAGAGAAUACGUCAUGAUGAGGAAUGUGUUGCUCGCAGCUACGAUUUGAUUAAGGAGUGGGGAACGCCAUUUAAAGAAAAUACCUCCCUCAUACAUCUUAAGUUCUGGAUUGGAAUACACCGCUGCAAUCCAAGAUGA